CCUCUGGGCCCGAAGCAACCCUGAUGCUUGUAAUGGAACUAGGCGAUUCGUAUGCUCCCGAUCACAUGUUAUUUGUUCGUUUAUAAGGCCUAAUGAACAGCAGAGGCGAAACGCUCCUUCCGUCUCACGUCUAGCAUGUUCAUCUCCUCCACCCAGCUCUUUGCGACCGCGGCGCUCGCGGCGCUCGCGCCCUUGUCUGCGGCCGUGCCGUGCGCGGGCUCGUACCCCGCUGAGGCGCGCCCAAAGUCGAACGAUUACAGGCCAUGGUCAACACCGGUGAAGGGGUAUGCGACGCCCUCUCCCCCGCACUUCGUCGUCUACAGCGAUGAGUGGGUGUCUGGCGGACAGUUCCCGCCUACGCCUGCUCAGAUAUCGGGAUUUACGGUCUUUGCACUCUCCUUCUGGCUAAGCUCGGGCCCCGCAGAUAAUGCGGAAACCUGGGUCCAGCUUGAUAACAGCACCCGGAGCUCGAUCAAGUCUUCGUACGAGCAGGCGGGCAUCAAGCUGAUCGUUUCUGCCUUUGGCUCGACGGAGACGCCAGCUUCUAGCAACAACGAUCCCACACAGACUGCGCAGAAUCUUGCUAACUUCGUGAAGCAGUACGACUUGGAUGGUGUGGAUGUUGACUUUGAGGACUUCGAUGCUAUGUCGGCGGGAACCGGUGUUCAAUGGUUGACCACGUUCACACAAGCGCUUCGCAAGCAACUGCCGCAGGGACAAUAUCUCCUUACACAUGCACCCGUGGCACCUUGGUUUAGCCCUGGUAUGUAUACGGAUAACGCGUAUAUCCAAGUAGACGACAACGUGGGCAACCUCAUUGACUGGUACAACGUUCAGUUCUACAACCAGGGGUCCAGUGAAUAUACGACCUGUAACGGCCUGCUCUACGAGUCCUCGCAGACAUGGCCCAACUCCUCCGUGUUCCAGCUGGCGUACACAGGCGUCGAGAUGGACAAGAUCGUUAUCGGCAAGCCUGCCACCUCGGGCGAUGCGAGCAACGGGUACAUGAACACCACAUACCUCGCGCAGUGUGUCGCAGAUGCGAAGCAGGAUGGGUGGAAUGCUGGAGUCAUGGUCUGGGAGUUCCCUGACGCUGCCGCCUCGUGGAUCCAGUCCGUCCGCGCCAAGUCUUGGCCCGUCUCCAGCUUCAAGAAGCAGACGCAGCAGCCUAUGCCUGCCCCUGUGCGCGGCUCUGGGUCCCAAGUGAUCUUGCAAGGAUUCUGGGAGCGCGUUCGUUUCUGGAGCAUGGAGCUCAUCCAGCUGUAAUCACGUUGCGUCACCCUUGUAACGUGAGAUCUGUCUCGACGGCGGGCGAUGUCUGUUGUACACGAAGGACUCGAGUCCUUCAUCACGGACUCGGACGGACGGUGGAUGCUCCUGCCCCUUCGCGCGCUGUCUGUGUCUCAGCCUACCACUAGUCUCGUUCGAUCUUUGGCAUGUUUCGGAUAAAUCGGACAGUCUCAUUUGCUCGUACUAAUCAUCUAUCUCUCAUUCACUCAUUAACCUUGUCUUUCUGACUGCUGUAUUGUUGUAUACCGCAUACUCACGACACGCUUACGAUUAUGGCUCAAGUAUACCGACUCUUGUAAUUGAUACAUCAUAGCUGUAACCUUUUUGAAUUCAAACAACUUGC